AAUUCAUUGUACCUCACAGUAUUGCGGUUGGUCUGAAUAAGUGCGUUAUUUGCUGAUGAAUAUCGAUUGAAUUUUUGAUCCAAAAAUGGAUACGGCCAAGAAAAAUAAUUCAACUGAUUUGUGCGAUAACGAGAAAAGAAGGACACCAAGUCCAGAGCCGUUUAAAGAACCAGAUGGAAUGGUUACUAUUGAACUGGAUAGGAAUAGCCCAUCUCCUCAACCCCUUUCAUCUCCAGAACCAUUGAAAAAAGUGGAAACAUGUAGCAUAAAAUAUCUAUCCUAUUUAUCGCUUAUAACAUUAUUAUGUCUUAUUUCUUUCGCUGCAACAGUUUUAAUACACAGGGAAGAUAUUGGAUGGUUAUCAAAAAAAUUAACUACUUCCGAAAGAAACGAAACUUUUUAUUCUGUGCCUACUGCAUCUCCUUUCCAAGUCACCCAGAACACCGUUCCAAUCGAAAUGGAAACUUGUCCAGCUGAUCCACAGGAAGAAUACAAAAUUCACCUUGUGAUGUGCGAAAGAACGAAAACCUUCGAUGAUUGCUGUCACAUGCAUAUCCGAUCUAGACUACCCCAAAUAAACGAUGUUUGUUCCAUACUAGAGAUGCUAGACUUGCUCGUUGAAUAUAAAACGAUUUAUCUAAUGAGAACCGAAAGAGAUGUCGAUGUGGAAUACAAUGAGGAAGAUUAUAAAAAGGAGAAAGAGAAGAAAAAACAAGAAAAGAUACGUACUAAAGAGAAAAUAAUGUCUUACAUUCGUCAUCUCAAUAAACCUCUGCAACGUGAAAUCCCUGCAUUGUUCGACUGGCUGGGUGAUUUAUUUUUGGAAUAUCAGGAAGAGUUCGAAGGUGAUGAGAUAAAAAACGGCGCUGAGUCCAAGCAUUUACCCAGUCUAACACAUUAUCCAAUUCAUGAGAAUCCUUCAGAACAGUCCAAUGAUUUCGAACAGCCUGAAAGUUAUUUGGAAGCCAGAAAAAUCGAAAAUAAUACCAAGAAUGGAACGUUAAAAUUAGGAGAGCAUGGAGAAAGUGAGCAAAAAAUCGCCAAUGAAGUUGUUUCUGAAGAAUCAUCAAUGAAUCAGACGAAUAAUGAAAACAUACACUCCAGAUUGGAAGAAAUUUCUGUCACCGAAUCAGAGAAUCAAUCGAAUGGAACUACUGAAAAUAUUGUACCAACGGCUAUAUCUUCAAAGGAAGAAUUGGUCCCAAUUGAAGAUGCAAAAGAACAAAAGAGAAAGAAAAGAGAUGAAAGUGAUGAAUCUUACUUGCCCCAAAAUAAUGGGUAUCCACCAUUUGAAAAUUUUGGAGAUGAUGAUUUUGAAUUCGCACCUCCUUAUGACCAAAACGCAAAUAUGGAGUCAAACCAAAAUAUCAUGGAGUCGUAUGAUUUCAAUCCAGAAAACUAUGUGAAUCAAGCUGACAAGAAUUUCGAAGAAGGCUAUCCAGUUGUUGGACUCUCCCCUGAAAGGACAAGUGAUGAUACUCCUCGGAACGUAGGUUACCACAGCUUGAUAAACGAUGGAAGAAGGGAUGAAGAAUUGAGAUUACCAAUCCAUACAGAAGAACGCGAUUUUGCAAGGCAAACUUGGAAAGACUUGAAUAUUUAUGGUUUCACCCAGAGUUUCACAUUUCCCCAAGAGACAACAACUAGGAGUAGUCCGGAGUACACAGUGAGAAAUGAUCAGGUAACUUAUUCCUAUUUAGAUCCGAUGCCAGCAAUACCGAAAGUUACAAAUGAUGCACUAAAUGAAGUAGAAACUGACAAAAUUAUUGAAUCGGAACUUCCUAGAAAGAGAAACAGAAUAAAUGACAAAGAAAUGAAGUUGCCCACUGACAGUUCGUAUACGAUUGGUUAUACAUCUACGCCUAAGGCAACUGCCAGACUUUAUGUCGAUGCAACGGAUUCCAUAGAAAGCAUUGAGAAUAUUCGAGCCAACAACGAAUCUGUUGUAUUAGAAAUAGGAAAAACUAAAAUACUUGUCUCAAAAUCUAAUAACGAACUAGAUGACGACAUGAAGAAACAAGAGUCAAAUGAAAGACAAAGUACAACAGACAAAAACUCAAAACAAAUGGAGGAAAACAAUGAAAUUCAACAGGGUGAUGUGAUGAGUAGCUUUGAGAGCACAAACUCUGGAAGCGUUGAGAAUUCUAGGAGUGCUGCACAAGCUACUAAAGGUAAUACAUUCCAGCUAGUCAACGAAGAUACUCAGAGUGGCCAAAAUCUUUUUGUUAACCCGAACGUGUGCCAAUAUCCACAGCCUUUAGGGUCCCCCAACAGAUUUGUCAUGGGUGCUGAUAACCAUCCUCAAAUAAUAAGCAUGGUGCCUCCAGCUAAUAUACCAAAACAACCAGUAUACGUUAUAAAUCCAUCUGUUUUCUCCUAUCUUCCUCCUAGUCCAGUCAUACCUCAUUAUGGUCCAGUUUCUCAGCAGUACAAUCCUUAUGCCUUUAUAAAUCCUUUGAGUACAGCACCGAUAUCAAAUAUGGCAUCGGGACCCGUUCAAAUGGCAAACAGCAACGGUCAGGUUUAUCUUUGCAAUCCUGCCUUACAAACGGCAAAUGUCCCAACCAGUAACACACAAGCUGUAGAGAUAAGAAGCUCCAAUAAUCUUCAAGAGUCUUUCGAUAGGGUGCCUAUGGAAAUCCGAACAAGCAAUAAAACGAGGACGUCUUUGACGUGUCCAAUAAAUGAGCAGAGCUGUUUAGAUGGAAGCAAGUGCAUAAGCGUGAGGCAUGUCUGCGACAAUGAAGUCCACUGCGAAGAUGGAAGCGACGAAACUUUCUGUUCCUGUCGAGAAAGGAUCGCAGAAAUAAGACUGUGUGAUGGUUAUUUCGACUGUCCUGAUGGAGAAGAUGAACGUGGUUGUUUUGGUUGUUCUGAGGACGAAAUCAAUUGUGAUGACUGGUCAAGAUUCAGGAAAGGAACCUGCGUGCCAAUGAGCCAGAGGUGCGAUGGCAUAAGGCAGUGUGAGAUCACUGGUAGAGAUGAGGAUGAUUGCUCAAUAUUGACUGAUCAUAUUGGCGAAUCAAAUCCGAUGAAAAUUUCGAAUGCUGCUGGCUUUUUACAUCGAAAUUACAAAGGGAAAUGGUUUCCCACUUGUUUUGGAUCGGAAGUGUGGGCUCUAGAAGUUUGUAAGGUUGAGGCUGGUCCUAGUACAAUAGCACCAAUGUCUCACUUAGUACCAACGACUGAAAAGUACGAAGGUGAAUACAUCAAUCUCCUUCCCAACCAAGAAGUAAGUUUCGCAGGCACCUGCGUCCAAGACAGAGCCUCUUUCGUAGAAUGUCCUCCUUUAUUCUGCGGCUUGCGCAUGACCAUAAAGAACCCUUAUAGACCUCAGGAGCUGGAUACAAGCAUCGAGGACAUGAUGAACCAUCUGAACAGGCAGGACUACACCUUCGGAGAAGACUUCGAUCUAUCCAGACGCGCCAAUCGAAGCACGAAUAGGAACAAAAGAUCGGAUGAUUUCAUUUUGGGUGGAGAACGAGUAGUUGGAGGAAAGGCUAGCCAACCAGCGGCUUGGCCUUGGGUUGUUUCGAUUUAUAAAAAUGGAAUUUUCCACUGCGGAGGAGUGAUUAUAAAUGAAUGGUGGAUUUUGACUGCUGCUCAUUGUGUUGAUAAAUACUGGCUCUUCUAUUAUGAAAUUCAAGCUGGCAUUUUGAGGAGGUUCUCAUAUUCCCCAAUGGAGCAGGUUCGUUGGGUAGUGGCAGCGAUAGCUCAUGAAGAAUACGAUAAAUCUAAUCUAAAGAACGAUAUAGCCCUGAUGAGGCUUUCUUCUGCAGUUAGAUACAACCGCUACGUACGUCCUAUUUGUUUACCAUCAGAGACUACCGCUGGCACAGAUUUUCGACGUGGUCCAUCUCCAGGAACUAUCUGUACAACAGUUGGAUGGGGAGCUACAGUAGAACAUGGAACUGACCCUGAUCAUAUGAGAGAAGUAGAAGUUCCUGUCCUGAAAAGCUGUAAACAUCCGGAGGACAUAGAAGGAAAAGAGAUUUGUGCAGGCCUCUUCGAAGGUGGAAAAGACGCUUGUCAGGGAGAUAGUGGAGGUCCUUUUAUGUGCCAAAAUCCAAAUAAUCCAAGCCAGUGGUAUUUGGCGGGUAUUGUUAGUCAUGGUGAAGGGUGCGCCAGACCUGAUGAACCAGGAGUCUACACUAGAGUCAGCCAAUAUAUGGACUGGAUCGCCGACAAUAUGAGAGAGAGGAACUUCUUCUCAAGGCAACCAUUGCAGAAAUGUCCGGGCUACAUAUGUAAAGGAACGAACAAAUGUAUACCAAAAAAGAGACAUUGUGACAAAGUUGUGGAUUGCUUGAUGGGAGAUGAUGAGCUGAACUGUGAAAAUAGAUUCCACAAUAUAUUCAAAUUUUCUGGAGAUUCCUUUAUGCCCUUUUUUCGAUCAAUGAAUACAUUGAAAACGGAGGCACCCGACAACAAUGAAGAUGAUGGUAAUAUUCUGGGCGCUGUAAUCAUCAAUUCUGAUUUUGAGAAUUCAACCGAAACACCAAAACCUAAAGAUAUACAGGUGGAAAAAAUGGAGAAUAUUUCGCGAGUGAUAUAUCAUUACGAGAAAAUACCUUAUUUCAAUAACAACACGAAGAACCCAGACUACUUCAGAUGUGAUCAAUUGCUCCAAAUGAUCCCAAUAGGAAAACGUUGCGACAAAACUGUAGAUUGUGAAGAUGGAACAGAUGAACAAGGAUGUAGAUGUGUCGACUACAUCAAACUGAACCAUGAGAACGCCAUUUGCGAUGGUGUGAUAGACUGUAAGGACAAGACUGAUGAAUCUCUCUGCUUUGCUUGUAGAGAGGGAGAAUUUAACUGUAUGAAGAGCAGGAUGUGCAUUUCUCGUAAUCUCGUGUGUGAUGGUAAACAUGAUUGUUCCAAAGGUGAAGACGAAUCGGAUUGUGUUGCCCUGACUGAUGGAAAAACUCUCCUUUUGGACGAUACCAAUCGACCGAAUAUGAGUCUUUAUGGUGUAGUAAGUGUUAAUCGCUUUGGAAUAUGGAGACCAUAUUGCAACACAUCCCACUCGAAAGCAGAUGCUACCAUAGCAUCUAACAUUUGCAACUAUUUAGGUUUUGGGGAGUAUACCAGAUUUGAGAAAGUACAAGUCGUUGACAACUCAUUAUUGGUCAAGAAUAUUGAUUCAACGUCUCUGGAUCCUCAAGAAAAUAGUUUUACUAAUGAUAGCAUGACCUGUGAUGGGUUAUAUGUAUGGUGCUCUUAUGUCAACUCCGACAGUACUAUCGAACAUGCUCAAAAAGAAAGUAAAAUCAAUGAUACUUACGAAGCAACGUGGAAUGCGGCAAUUUUUUCAGAUGGCCUUUAUAAAUGUAUGGGUGUUAUACUGAAUGAGAAAUGGGUUUUAACGUCAGUGAACUGUUUUGAUGGUAUACUGCACUAUAAUAUCCGAUAUUUAGCAGUGGUGGUUGGAAAAGGGGCUAGAUAUUUCGAUGUACCAGGUCCCAAUGAUCAAAUUUGUAAUGUUGCGGAAUCCUAUCAAGUUGUAGAAACCGAUAUAGCUGUUCUGAGAUUAGAAAAAUCGAUACAAUUCAAUAGAUAUGUCCAACCAACUUACUUAAAUAUGAGAAUCGAUAACAAUAGGAAAGAAAGAUGUGUUGCAGUAGGAUUGAAGAAUGGAAGAUCUAGUUUGCUAUUUUUGCAAACAAAAUCGAAUUGUUCCAGAGAAAACACCUGUUUUCAUGCAGCCUCAACUGAAAAUUGCUUGGACGGUCCAUGGAGUGGCGUGAUCACGUGUUACGCUGGUAACGGUUGGUAUCCAGCAUCGGUAUUCAGUUCCAUGGGCAAAUUCUGCCCAUUCAAAGAUGACGCAAACUUCACCAGUGUGAGAUAUUGGGCUAAAGACAUUCAUAAAUAUGCAGGUAAUCUUAAAUCGGUGACUCAGAAAAGCUUCUGCGAUGGCUUCCGAUGUGAUUUGGGCAACUGCAUCGAUGUCGACCAGAUAUGCGAUGGUAUACCCCAAUGUUUAGGAGGUGAAGAUGAAACUCCAUUGUUCUGUCAGAAGAAGAGAAAUGCCUGCCCCAUUCUGAAGAAUUGUGCCUGUCCUGUGGAUCAUUUGACGUGUCUGAAUGGUAAAUGUGUACACAAAUCUAAAUUCUGCGACAGAGUGAACGAUUGUGGUGAUUACUCUGACGAACCACCCAGAUGUACCUGUAGAUCCUUCAUGAAGUUAACCCAUCCAGAGAAGGUUUGUGAUGGACAUAUAAACUGUUUUGAUGGCACAGAUGAGAAUCCUAAGAUGUGUCAAUGUAAAUCGGGUGAUUUUAUAUGUGGCAAGUCCAGAUUGUGCGUUGCCAACGAGAUGGUUUGCAACGGUUUCAGAGAUUGUCCAGAUGGAGAAGAUGAAAAAGAAUGUUACGCUUUAGCCUUAAAUAUAUCCAGUGAUGCAAAUAGUGGAGAAGUUUUGACCAGAACGGCAGGCCAACUAUUCGAUAGCUGCUUCUUGGAGUCACCCCCUGAACACGAAUUGAACAACAUAUGCCGUCAACUUGGUUUCGUUUCCUCCAACUCUAGCCGUAUGGAACCCUACCCAGACGAGAAGCAAACAGCUCUGGUUCCGGUAAUCGACACUUUCAGCGUCGUGUGGAUACGACGCGAAGGAAGAGUGCCUUUACUGUUUCGCAUGAGGACCGGAAACGACGCCUACUUGACCUUCCGGACACAGAGUAACUGUCAUCGACUGCAUAUCGAGUGUAUUUAAUCGGGAAGGGUGUGCGAUGAAUAAAUAAUGAGGUCUA